CAAAUUAAAUGCAUUAUUAAUACAAGCACAUAAUAUAUGUGCAUAUAUGUAUAUAUAUAUAUAUAUGUAUAUAUAUGAGACUUGAGUUUUAUGCAGUAUUUGUUGCAUUGCCGCCGACGUUUUCAAUUAAAGCGCACGUUUACAUAAUUCUGCACUUCUGGCCAUUCAUUCUCUCUUUAUAUUUAAAGAACACUUUAUUUGGAAAAUAAUUCACGGAUUGACUGACGUCAACGUCAUCUAUCUAUAUUCUUGCUCACACUCAGUUCAAGUAGAUUAGCAGAUCAAAAAAAAUACGAACAUUAUGGAGACUGAAUCUUUAAAUCGCAAAACCUCAUCAUCGUCACCCAAAAAUUCCAUAAUAAACGGUGACGGCGAGACAAAGACCAAACCAAUUAGCAAUGGUUCAGAUGGUGAUGACGGUGGCGGUGGCGAUGUGACGUUAAAAGCGAAAAUGAGUCUUAUUAAUGGUUGCACCGUAAUAGUCGGUUCAAUAAUUGGUUCCGGCAUAUUCGUAUCGCCUACUGGAGUCCUCAUGUACACGGGUAGUGUUAAUUUAGCAUUAAUUGUUUGGAUUGUCUCGGGCUUAUUUUCUAUGGUUGGCGCCUAUUGUUACGCCGAAUUGGGCACAAUGAUUACAAAAUCUGGUGCCGAUUACGCUUAUAUUAUGGAAACUUUUGGUCCAUUUAUGGCAUUCAUACGUCUAUGGAUUGAAUGCAUGAUUGUGCGUCCGUGUUCUCAAGCGAUUGUAGCUUUAACAUUUAGCGUAUACGUAAUGAAACCAUUUUUUCCCGAAUGUCAGCCACCUGAAGAUUCUGCUCGUCUCUUAGCCGUUUGCUGUAUACUGGUCUUAACGUUUGUCAACUGUUGGGACGUAAAAUGGGCCACUGCUGUGCAGGAUAUUUUUACGUACGCUAAACUUUUGGCCUUAUUUAUAAUCAUUGCGUCGGGACUUUAUCAAUUGUACUUGGGUCGCACAGAGUAUUUCACAUUCGAAAAUACAGACACACGCGUCACAUCAUUGGCUUUGUCUUUCUACUCCGGCCUUUUUGCUUACAAUGGCUGGAAUUAUUUAAAUUUCAUUAUUGAAGAGUUGAAGGAUCCUGUGAAAAAUCUACCACGGGCCAUUGCCAUUUCUUGUACCUUAGUGACAGUGGUGUAUGUCUUAGCUAAUGUCUCAUUUUAUACGCUUUUGUCGCCCACCGAAGUUCUGGGCUCCCAAGCAGUAGCCGUAACGUAUGCUGAAAGAGCUUUCGGUGUUAUCGCUUGGACCAUUCCAGUAUUUGUGGCUUUAUCCACCUUCGGUGCCGUGAACGGCAUUUUGUUAACUUCGUCGCGUUUGUUUUAUGCCGGAGCGAAUGAAGGUCAAAUGCCUGAAAUUUUGACAAUGAUUCAAAUACAACGUUUUACACCUACACCCGCCGUUCUGGCUAUGGCUGUUCUAUCAAUGUUAUACUUAACAGUAUCCGAUAUAUUUGCUUUAAUUAAUUAUGUUGGAUUCGCUACUUGGCUAAGUAUUGGUGUUGCUGUCCUAUGUUUACCGUGGCUACGAUGGGCUCAACCCAAUCUACCCCGUCCCAUACGUGUACCUUUAAUCUUUCCAAUCGUUUAUUUAAUUGCCACAGUAUUCGUAACCGUUGUACCCAUGUAUGCUAGUCCUGUGGAAACUGGAUAUGGUAUUCUAAUGAUUUUAUCCAGUAUACCGGUAUAUUUAAUAUUCAUUGCAUGGAAAAGUAAACCUCUUUGGUUCCAGAAAUCAAUGGGUGGUUUGACUCAAACUUUGCAAAAAGUGAUGAUGGUUGUUCGACCUAAAAGUUCCUCUUCAAAGUAACCGUAACGCGAUUUCUGCAGAAGGUGCUUAUGGUCCUUGGCAAAACCAAACCAGCUCAGGUGUAAAAUAAUGAAACAAAGAAAUUAUACAUAAAGAAAAGGUAAAAAUAAAAAUUAUAAUACAAUAAUAAUAAUAAAAAUAAUAAGCAUAACAACAGCAGAAUAUAAAGUACGUAAAAAACAAAUUUAAAAUCAUUACAUUAAAUACCCUACAUCGCUUCGCUAAGUACAGUUACUCAUAUACAAAAUUUUUCCAAAAAAAAAGAAGGCAUUACAUAAGAAAUGGUCCGAUUUUUACCAUUUUCAGUGCCCUUCCUCUUUGGGCCAAAACAUGUCGGUUUAAUAAAUUUUAUUAAAAUAUCUCAAAAAUUACGAGAUGCAAGCAAAAAAUCAGACGGAGAGAAGGACAGACAAACUUAGAUCGAUGUAAUUAAAAUUGGAUCUAUUUCAACUCCUACCGGGUGUUGUAAACAUGCGCAUAAACUUAAUACAUUCUUGUACAACAAGUCGUGUAGGGUAUAUAAUAAAAAACAAAAAUAAAUAAAUACGC